GAGCAAGUUUGUGUCAGAGGAGGCCUGAGAGCGAGAACUAGAUCGAGAUGGGUCUCUCAAGUGCUAUGCAAUGGUGGGAGGAGUGGCAACUGCGCAUCCUCGUACUGGGCAGUUGCUUCAUCCAGUAUGCCCUCUACUUCUCUAAAUUUGUGCGCAGAGCUCCUAUCCUACGCAGGUUGAGAGUGCUGGUGUGGAUCGCAUACAUAGGUGCCGAUGCCGUGGCGAUCUACGCUCUCGCAACCCUCUUCAACCGUCGCAAGCAAUCUUUUGAUGGGGAAAGCAGCACCCUGGAGGUCCUAUGGGCGCCUUUCCUCCUCAUCCACCUCGGCGGCCAGCCAUGGAUAAGUGCCUACAGCCUCGAGGACAAUGAGCUAUGGAAACGUCAUACCAUAACCCUGGUGUCUCAGGUCACGGUUGCCUUGUACGUCUUUUGCAAGUGGUGGUCCGGUGAGAAGAUGCUGCUGGCGGCAGCGAUCUUGCUCUUCCUUCUUGGCAUCCUCAAAUUUGCCCAGAAGCCAUGGGCCCUCAGGACCUCAAGCUUUAACAGCUUGCAGGGCUCCACCACUGUGCUGCCAAAAGCACAAAUAGAAGGGCACAUACCCCCGCUUGAAGAGUAUGUACAGGCAGCACAAAAGUGUGUACUGGAAACAAAGGUACAAUAUAUGUGUCACUAUCGAACCAUCAUCGAUUGUAUGUUUUUCGACGAGUCUGCUCCACACUUUUGCCGUGUUUCCUAUCUACCCUCUUUCCUGAUGCUGGACCAUAAGCGUGCAUACAAUGUGCUACAGAAUUACAUUGCAUGUACAUUUAAUAUCAUGUACACCAGACUACAAUCAGUUUUCAAUCCUGUAGGCACUGGCUUAAUGUUCUUGCUUCCAUUCCUGGCUUUAGCUUCUAUGGUGAUCUUUGCCACGAGCCACAAGGAUCAUCACAUUGAGAAGGAUAUCAUGGUGACAUACAUCCUGUUCGGUUGCACCAUCAUGCUAGAGUUCUUACUUCCCGGCAUGAUACUAAGCAAGGAGAUUCCGUGUGUUCACAGUUUCAUUGACAAGUAUACUGACGGAUGGCAAGACAUGGUUUCCCAGUACAACAUCAUGUCCUUCUGUGUAAGGAAGAAGAAGCCCACAUUCCUGAUGAAACUUGCUACCUUCAACUUUCUAAAGGAGUUUAUUAACAAGCAUUGGUAUAUUCAACAUGUACCCAUAGCUUUCCAGAUUAUAUCGGUGGUUCGCCAACACGUGGAAGAUGGUUGGAAGAAGUACAUACGCGAUGCCGCAAGUUACAGGGGAUUUAGCAAACUCCGAGGCCAGUGGGCUCUAAGGAGGCACCAAGAGCUAGGAUGGAGCUUGAAAAUGCGAUAUGAUGAGAGCGUCCUCAUCUGGCAUGUUGCCACAGAACUCUGCUUUUAUCAUCCCAACACAUCCCCUCAAGGUCAACAAGGAGAAGUCACUCAACACAGCAGGGAGAUAUCCAACUAUAUGUUCUAUCUGCUUCUCAUCUGUCCUGAGAUGUUAAUGCCCGGCACUAGAUCUGAUCUCAUCACCUUGGCCAGCGACACAAUAUUGGAAAACAAGACGGGGUUGCUCGACAUGACAGAAGAAAUUUGUGUGCAGGAGAUUCUUAGCAUGCCGAUGCUGCCCACUGCACCUGAUUUGGUUUCCAGUGCAUCUAAGCUCGCCAAAGCACUAAUGGAACUGAGCAACGAGAAGGAGAGGUGGACUGUAAUCCAAGGUGUCUGGGUGGAGAUGCUCUGCUAUUCUGCCAGCAGAUGUAGGGGCUACCUGCAUGCUAAGAGCCUGGGUGAAGGUGGGGAGUGUCUUACCACUAUCUGUCUCCUAUGGUCAUUAAUGGGGAUGGAGACCUUGGCGGAUAGGCACCAGAGGCCAGAGUCUCCACGAGAGGAAGAAGGGGAAGGAGAAGAACAACGUGGACAAAACGAAGAACCAUGCACUUCUGGUGCCCAAGGCAGAGCUAGAGCUAGAGCCAGUCCAUCUGAAGACGACUACAGCCCCGUCUAAGAGAUGUCACGUGUGCAAAUAACUGAUCUGAAGUUUGGUUCGUUUACCCAUAUCAUGUUACCUCCUUUGCAUCAUUUAUUGACUGCUAUCCUAGAUUGGAGUGGUGUGUUUUAACCAUUUGUUGCUUCCUUUGGUGUGUCUUUUUCUUUUUGUUCUGAUAUGAGCGUGCUAUUGUGCUCAUUAUUCCAUUGUCAAU